CGCUCCCUCUCCGGCUGGCCCCAGCCCGCCACGGGGACCGGAAGCAGCUUCCAAUCGAGCGCUUCCCCCGCGUCUUCCGGAUAACGCGGGGUCGCUUUUCCCGGUCGGGAGGUCUCCACCCUACAUUCUGUCCUGGCCCAGUAUAUCAUCCAGGUCUGCUGCUGCUCCUCUGCCCUGGGACGUCUGGCCUCCUGACCACGCAGCACCGUGGUCCAAAUGUCUGCAGAGCUGAGAAAGUCAUCACUUCUUCCACACACUUCAGAGGGGUCUGACAGCGCUCUGAGAGUGAAGAUGGAAGAGGAAGAGCAGACCUGUGAUCUGGACUCCCACCUCCCCUGGAGCGGCUGCUGCAGCCCAGAGACCUCCCGCCAGUGGUUCAGGCAGUUUGGCUACCAGGAGUCCCCUGGUCCCCGGGAGGCCCUGAGCCAGCUCCGGGAGCUUUGCCAUCAGUGGCUGAGGCCGGAGGUGAACACCAAGGAGCAGAUCCUGGAGUUGCUGGUGCUGGAGCAGUUCCUGGCCAUCCUGCCUGACGAGCUACAGGCCUGGCUUCGAGAGCGCCGGCCUGAAAAUGGAGAGGAGGCCGUCACUCUGCUGGAGGAGCUGGAGAAGGAGCUUGACGAGCCAGCUGAGCAGGUCCUUUUUGGACAAAACGAGGACAAGCUUGCAGAGAAACUGGCAUCUUGGGAAAUCACUCAGGAGUCACCAUGUAGCCGGAUCAAGCCUGUAAAGCAGCAGCUGCCAUUGGCUUCAAGGGAGUUCUACUCAAGACAAAAAGCUAAAGACACGAAAGCUACAAAUGUGAAUUCAGCUUCAACACAAAAGACUUCUCCAGGUAUAGAACUGCAUUCCACUAUUUCCAACACCCUUCAUCUGGACGCUCCCCAGAGUUGCACGUAUAGAAGAGCCUGUGAACAAGAUGGCAACUUUGAAAGAAGACGGAGAAACCCUUUUGGAAAAAAACAACACAAGUGUGAUGAAUGUGGCAAAGUCUUCAGUCAGAGCUCAGCCCUCAUACUCCACCAGAGAAUCCACAGCGGGGAAAAGCCUUAUGUGUGUGAUGUGUGUGCAAAGGCUUUCAGCCGGAGUGCCGUCCUGAUUCAGCAUCGAAGAACACACACUGGGGAAAAACCCUACAAGUGUCAUGAAUGUGGGAAGGCCUUUAGUCAGAGCUCAAAUCUUCUCAGACAUAGGAAAAGACACACGAAAGAAAAAGUCCCAUCGGCGUUGCGGAACACAGAACUCCCGGCUAUCCGAGGAGAGAGGCGCGACGCCAAGCGCAGCCUCAAAGCGGUCAUUGUCGUCGUGCCGCCCCUCCCCCGCCCGGAGCGCAUCUCCAUGGCAACGCGGGGCUUCGCCUCGCCCCGCCUCCUGGGACCCGCAGACCGGAAGCAGUCCGCGCCGGGGGCUUCUGGGAAACGGCUUGUGAGAGGCGUUUCUGCGUCUGCUUUGGACAGCGAAGCUGCUGCGGAUCCUGAGUUGGAGUUCCGCUGGACGCGGACGGAAAUGCCGUCGCCCCGACGCUGUUGGGGCAAUGUGGUCUUUAGGCAUCUGAAAUCCGCCGGCGGGAAUAAGGAGAAGAAGAGCUGGUGGACGCCGGGGCGGGAGCGGGAUUUGCAGUGGAACUCCGCGGAAGUGAGGCGGGAUCACCUGGAACGCGGCUCCCCUCCCAAACACUGUAGCGACCGCGGGCCUUCCCUCCUUGGCGCCUCCUUGACGGGCCAGGAGCAGGCUGCCUCCGUGGAAGAAGAUUCAAUACUUAUAAUCCCAACUCCAGAUGAAGAGGAAAAAAUUCUGAGAGUGAAGUUGGAGGAGGAUCCUGAUGGUGAAGAGGGAUCAAGCAUCCCCUGGAGCCAUCUUCCUGAUCCAGAGGUUUUCCGACAGCGAUUCAGGCAGUUUGGAUACCAGGAUUCCCCUGGGCCCCGUGAAGCUGUGAGCCAGCUUCGAGAACUUUGCCGUCUAUGGCUCAGGCCAGAGACACACACGAAAGAACAAAUUUUGGAGCUGGUAGUGCUGGAGCAGUUUGUUGCCAUCCUACCCAAGGAACUGCAGACCUGGGUUCGAGAGCAUCAUCCAGAGAAUGGAGAGGAGGCCGUGACAGUGCUGGAGGAUUUAGAGAGUGAGCUCGAUGACCCAGGACAGCCGGUGGUACCAUUCAGCCUCACACAAGAGGAGCUGCAGGCCAGAGGUCAAGUACAAGUCAGUAGCUCCCUGGACCUGCAGUUCUGUGGCCCUGCAACUGCAGGGGUGGAUGGUGCAGGCAGUAGUCUUAGAGGGUUAUGGGUCAACACCAGACACGUCUGUGAGAGGCCGGUGGUCAGCCCUGGCAGCAGUAACCACCAGAAGUCUUUGUUCCUGGAACACUCCCUGGAUCUGGUUAAUGAAGGCUCUCGAAGUGAAGCGGCCAGCCAUAGUGGGGGGUCCAAGGACGGCAGCAAACUUCCGCACAACUCGUUGCGCUCGCAUAUUCAGGCUGCUUUUCCCCCGCACGCUCUGCGGAUCUGCGAGGAUGCACCCCCCUUCCUGAUUCCACAUGUCCCCAAAGUUUCCGGUGUUCAUUCGGUUGAACCCAAGGCCGCGGAGGCGCUGCCCGGGUACCCAAAGCACAUUAGGCCGAGGACCCACCGCCCCAGGAGCAGCGCCUGGGGGCGACCCGCGCGGCCGGGACUCUCUACAGACUGCAGAAACCCCACAGGGUUUCCUGGCGGUGCCGCAAGGCAGCCCAGGAGGCGAGAUCACCCGAGGUCCCCUGGCUCCCAUGACCUUACAUCACCCAUACCUCGACGUGUCCUUCAGGUCCCUGUCAAGCCCCACGCGCUGCGAAACCGCCAUCGCCGCGUCCACUCUAGGAAACUGGGAGGAUUGUUCAGCUCUAUGCUGAUCCAGUCCCGCUGUAGCGAGCGACCUGGUCAGCCAGCGACAGGUCCCUUGCUGCCGUACCUGCCGGUUCUUGACGUGAAUGUCGAAACAUCUUUCGGGAAAGCUCUCUGGGGCAGGACAAGGGAAUCCAUUCCCUUCCUGACUCAACUGGGCAGCAUUUUCAGACGGUCUCUGCCCAGAAUGUCAGGAGAAGCUGCAGGCCUGGCCUCCCAUGCUCCAAAAGAACAAGAAGGACUUAUAAUUGUGAAGGUUGAAGAAGAGAAUUAUGUUUGGGGGCAGGACCUUGGCCUUCAGGGAAACACCUGUAGCCUGGAGACCUUCCGCCAGCGUUUCAGGCAGUUUGGCUACUCUGAUUCUGCUGGGCCCCGGGAGGCCCUGAGCCAGCUCCGGGAGCUUUGCCAUCAGUGGCUGAGGCCGGAGGUGAACACCAAGGAGCAGAUCCUGGAGCUGCUGGUGCUGGAGCAGUUCCUGGCCAUCCUGCCUGAUGAGCUGCAGGCAUGGCUGCGAGAGCACCGGCCUGAAAAUGGAGAGGAGGCCGUCACUCUGCUGGAGGAGCUGGAGAAGGAGCUUGAUGAGCCAAGACAACAGGACACGGUUCAUGGCCAAGGAAUGAUCUGGAAGGAAAUGACUUCCAAAGGAGCAGUGAAGUCUCUGAGUAUACAGCUCCAGCCUUUGGAGAACCAGUGCAAGAGUGAGACUCAGGAGUGCCAGACUUCCCAUGAGAGAGAUGGCAAGCUGGCAAGUGACAAGGUAUUAACAACAAAACAAGAAAUUAUUGAAUGUGUAGCGUCAGCGGCCAUGAUAUCCCCAGGAAGACUUCCUGGGGAAACUCCUUCACAACAGGUAGUUGGAGAAGCUUUGGGAGGUCUGGACAACUUUGAGAAGCCAAAAGGAACUGCUGCAAGGAGCAAAAUGAGUCCACUUCCUUCCCAGGAAAGACAUCUUAGUCUGGCAACCUUCAACAAGAAAAUCUCCACUGAAGAGUGUGUCCUUGAAUGUAACCAGAGUGAAAGGGCUCUCGGUGUGAACUCAGAUGUCUUCACACGACAGAGAGUUCAUGCUGGAGGAAAGCUCUACAAGUGCUUGGACUGUGGGAAAGCCUUUUGCCAGAGCUCGAAGCUGAUUAGACAUCAGAGAAUUCACACUGGAGAGAGGCCUUAUGGAUGUAAAGAGUGUGGCAAAGCUUUCAGUUUGAGCUCGGACCUUGUUAGACAUCAGAGGAUUCAUAGUGGUGAAAAGCCCUAUGAAUGUUGUGAAUGUGGUAAAGCUUUCAGGGGUAGCUCGGAGCUCAUUAGACAUCGGAGAAUUCACACCGGAGAAAAACCGUAUGAAUGUGGUGAAUGUGGGAAAGCCUUCAGCCGGAGCUCAGCCCUCAUUCAGCACAAGAAAAUUCACACUGGAGACAAAGGCUAUGAGUGUACUGAAUGUGGUAAGGCUUUUGGUAGAAGCUCUGUCCUUAUUGAACAUCAAAGAAUUCACACUGGAGAAAAACCUUAUGAAUGUAACGAAUGUGGAAAAUCCUUCAAUCAGAGCUCAGCCCUCACGCAGCACCAGCGAAUCCACACUGGGGAGAAGCCUUAUGAAUGUAGCGAGUGUCAGAAAACAUUUAGGCACAGGUCAGGCCUUAUGCAACACCAGAGAACUCACACAAGAGUUUAACUCUUGAGUAAGGAUUGUACAAUUGUGUAAUACCAGGGAUUUGGUGAGGUUCCCACCAAAGUGAGAAGUCUCCUGAGAGCAGAGUUUCUGUCCUUCCAGUCUAAGUUAGUACAUGCUGUACAAGGAGAUCCACACAAAGAUGGUUGUUGAUGUGCUGAAUGGGCACCUUCACAGUAAAGUCAGGUCUGGGGCAAAGAUCCUGAAAGAGCUCCUUCUAAGAUGGGCUGAGAGGUGGUGCCUCCAAUGGCAAGGAUCUCUGUGCAGCAAGAAGAGCGUGCAUUUGGCAGCUGGAGGCAUGGGCAGAGGGUCAUUUGGUUCUCUAAAGUAUUCAAUUGUGAGGCUGUGAAAUGUUCAAUCAUGCCCUGGAUCAGUUUAUAGUUCAUUCUGUGCCCUUGCCAGCUCUCUUCUCGACCCCGAGCUUCCUGAGGUCAGUUUGUUUAUUGUGUACCUGCUGUGUGCCAGCCAUCGGGGCAGACAUAGCAUUGCCCUCCCAGAGUUGAGAAGUAAUAAAAUACAGAUAUA